UUUCUUCACCAAGACGGUCCAAAUUUCAAAGCGCAUCUAACGUGACGAAACUGCCAGUAUAAACGUCAAAGGGCCAAACCGGAAGCCGGAUUAUAUUUUUAGCGCAUUUUAUAUUUUUCUAAAAUACAUUAUAUAUUUUUUCAUAGCAAGUGGCACAUCAAAGUAUAUUGCUCUUCAUUUUUGACUCUACCUCGUCUGUGCGCCACCAGCUAUGAUGGAUGGAGACACAAAAGAGACAGUGGCAGACAUCUCUAAGACAACUCCGAAGGGGGAUUUUGGGAGACUGACCAACCAAUUCAGGGGCAGAGGUUUCCGAGGUCGUGGUCGAGGGGGCCUAAUGAGCCGCGGAGGAGGACGCGGCAUGAUGAAAGUUAUCAGUCCGCCUCUUCACGGGAGGGGUCCAAUCAACGAUGGACUGAUGAACGGCUUUUCCCCCAUGAGAGCAAUGGGGAGAAUGCGACCUUACCCUGACCCCAGAGGUCAUCGAGGUAGGUUUGGACCAAUCGGCAUGGGCCCUCCGCCUCCCCCCAUGCACCUUAGAGGACCCUUCCCGCCCAUGCCCAGACACGGUCCUCCUCCACUACCACCGCCAGGUCACCCGGCUUUUAGAGGACGUCCUCCGCACCCCAGAGCCCGUGGCAUGCCACUCCCCGGGCCCCCGCGUCACUUCCACCCCAGAGGUCCAAGAGGCUACCACAAUGGACCAGUGUCUCCUCCUCCUCACCCUCCACUUGGCAGAGGCCAGAGGUGGCCGGGGCCCCCUGGUGGCCGCCGCUUUUAGUGCAGCCUGCCCUAUAAACAGUACAAAAAGACAAUUUCUUUUUAUUCGAAAAAGGUGCAAAACCUGAUUGCAUUCUAAAACAAAAUGUUUAUGAUUUUUUUUUACAAGUGAGUAGUAAUGUGAAAAGUGAGGACACAUGCAAUGCCUCACAUCUUAUUUAAUGUAAUGUGAUGCACAUGUCCUUAAGGGACGCAAAGUUCUGAUUAAUGUUGACUUCCUGUGAGCCAGUUUAAACAUCCUAACCCUUUUAUCUGUUACCUAGAGAUAUUUUUUGUAAUAUAGCUUCACCAAGCAGUACUCCACCUGUCUAGUAUUCUUGAAAUGAUAAUGUUAUUAUUGUGCAACUAUUUAAUGAUUAUUACUGUUUGGAACAUUGUUUGUGUUCAACACAGUACUGUGUAGUGUUAAAUGAAGAAAUAGUGACAAUGAUUAUCCUUUUUUCUGAAGUGAAAACAUCUGUUCCACUGUAAUUAACUACAUAACUUUUUGUCAAUUUAAAAUAAAUAAAACUAAAAAGAAAUCACUUCUCUUUUUGGUUCAUUCACAGACAAAUCCUGAGUUAUCAGCACAUUUUCAUAAGCAAAUAAAUGUAAUUUUUAAUGUGUAAGUCACACUAGAGCGUUGCAUAAUAUUUGAAAUAGCAUUGGUUGUGUAUAGGACGUAUUAUUGAAUGCAUUCAUUGGCAAAAAGGCAUCUUUCAUGCAUAAAUUAGUGAUUGGAAAUGCAGAUUUAUUCCACCUAUUUUUUUUUUUACCUAAACUAAAUGUUGAUGCUCUUAAUUUGCAUAAUUAUUUAUACAUAAUAUGCUAUAUUUAGGUGCAAAAGCUGCAUAUGGAUUGCUGCUGUUAUUGAUGCUGCGCUGCUUGCAAAGAUUGAAUUUCUAUGAGAAACGUGUGACGCAGUCCAAUAGCCACAGUCGGCUACUGCAAUCUUUCCCUCCUUUUUCCAUCUUUCUACACCUUUUCCGUGCUGUCCCUUCAGUCCAUUCUGCCUGCACUUUGUUGCUAACAUGACUGACUGUUGUUGUCUCCUGAAAGGGAGGGGGGCACACAGUACAGUUAACCUCCCCGGGCCCUGGAACACAGGCCUGCCUUCUUCACAGCUCUCCAACUGCAGCGUGAGGUCUGCAGUGCAGCCCUACAUGGACAAUGGUGAGUCUCUUCUUUACUGUAUUUCCUCAAUAUGGUGGCCACAUUAUUAAGAUGUGUAAUGUAAUGACCUUAUUAUGACAUUGGUAUCAUUCUAAACAUCACUGGCCUUUGUACAUGAGGAAACACGGUAUGUAUGUGUCAGUUAUUAGGACACAAAAUUUAUAUCAUCAGUAUAUGAUCUUGUAUUUGACUAACUUAAUAAAAUGUUGCCAAAAACAAUGUG